UAAGUUUGUGCAUUCAGUGCGUGCGAUGCUGCUUCUAGCGACAACACGGCUUCAUCCACUAGAGAGUUUUGCUUAUCGCGCGGAUCAUACAGUGAUGGCCACAUCGGGGAUCUGUUAUCAGUAAUCGCAAUCGAGUCGGAGAUUUCGGAUACAUCCCCCUGAUAGGCAGAUCUUGGAUCCACGCCCCCGAUAAUCACAGCCAUUAACCUGUGAUAUUAAAUGUAAGCAUUUUGCAGUUUUGUUGAAGGUUGCGGAGGUCGUUAGUUUUCCGUGCAGAUGGUGUACUCUCCUGAAUCGUCAGCAUCAGAAGCCGAUUUGUAGUUCGUUUAAUUACAAAGAGCCGACAGCUAGCCGACUCGUCAGGGUCUCAGGCGCUGGUGGCUUCUGUGUUUAUUGGUUUAAAAAAACCAGCAGACAAAGUGCGAAGUAUUUGUGUUUUAAUGUCAGUUCUCUUUGGGAAUCUGAUUAUGUGAAUUGAUUGCGCUGUGAUCACAAUGGAUGUAGGAUGCCUUCUACAAAGCUGUUUAUCAUGGCAGAAACGAAAUUUGCAGCAAAAGCGAUCAACGUAACAUUUUCAUCGUUUGAGUGAUUUCAAUAGUAAAAUUGAAUGAACUUUAUAUUGGGGAAUAAAAAGAUAGUGUGUGUAGGAACUCUGGAUAUACAACAUAGUACCCGAUGACGUCAUAAUGGAGCAGAAUGUUACACAAUGACGGCAGAAAUGGACAAGUAUGAAAAAGAUGAGAAAAAAAGUUUCCUUCCGCGCGUGGAAAUGAGGGGAUUGUUUCGCGACAAAGGAAAUAAAACCAUGGGGAAGUUUCUGCCAAAUUCCACUUACGUUGUGCCGGAAUACGAAGAGUCUGAGUUCAACUCUUCCAAUCAUACGUCAAUAGCGGGUAACGACACCAAAUCAAACUCCAAAACGCUAGGAUCUCUACCCACCACUCGUGCUCAUAGCAAAAACAGUUUACAAGCUCAAAUCUAUAACUUCCUAGAACGACCAACUGGAUGGAAGUGUUUCAUUUAUCAUUUUACGGUGUUCAUGAUGGUGUUGAUCUGCCUUAUAUUCAGUGUCUUAUCAACCAUUGAUGAAUACGACGACUUUGCAAUGGAAACACUGUUCUGGAUGGAGGUAGUUUUGGUGUCUUUCUUUGGAUUUGAGUACUCUAUACGACUCUGGUCCGCUGGUUGUAGAAGCAAGUACAUGGGACUUAAGGGCCGAAUCCGGUUUGCCAAGAAACCAAUUUCCAUUAUAGAUUUUAUUGUUGUUGUGGCUUCCAUGGUCGUUUUUACAAUUGGGUCCGAGGGGCAGAUAUUCGCCGCUUCAGCAAUAAGAGGAGUCCGCUUUUUACAGAUACUCCGUAUGUUACAUGUAGACAGGCAGGGAGGAACAUGGCGUCUGUUAGGCUCUGUGAUAUAUCUCCACCGGCAGGAACUGAUCACCACGCUGUAUAUAGGAUUUCUUGGCCUCAUCUUCUCCUCCUACUUUGUUUACCUCGCAGAAAGAGACCCGGAAGACAAGAGGAAAGAUUUCAACAGCUACGCAGACGCCCUCUGGUGGGGUGUGAUAACGGUGAUGACGAUAGGGUAUGGGGACAAGGUCCCGGAGACCUGGAUGGGGAAGAUAGUCGCCUCUUGCUUUGCCGUGUUUGCGAUUUCCUUUUUCGCUCUACCUGCAGGAAUUCUUGGAUCCGGGUUUGCAUUGAAAGUUCAACAGAAACAAAGACAGAAGCACUUUAACAGGCAGAUUCCAGCCGCCGCUACACUGAUACAGUGUGUUUGGCGAUGCUUUGCAGCAGACCCCUCCAGCCACUCGGAAGCCACGUGGAAAAUUCACAUCCAUGACGCCUCCAACGAGGAGAACAUGUUGGCGCGCAUGGCCCGGCGCGCAAGUUUGACGCUCCGGAAGCGACGCUCUUCCCGAAUGGACUCGCUUGGCAACCACUACAGGGAGAGCAUGUCCUCGGUGUUUGUAGAGGACAAGAUGGCCGGAACUCCACGGAACCCGCGGAGGGAUUUCCAGAGGCAGUGUUCGGGUUCUAGUACGUAUCAUUCCAGUAGCCUAGCCGGCGACAACUAUGAUGACAAUGAUUAUGACAAUGAGGAGGCAGAGAAAGUAGUGCAAUUAACAGACGCUCACAAAACAGCAAUUAGAGUUAUUAGAAAAAUCAAAUAUUUCGUAGCCAGGCGGAAAUUUCAGCAAGCACGUAAACCAUACGAUGUACGUGACGUCAUAGAGCAAUACUCUCAAGGUCAUUUAAAUAUGAUGGUCCGAAUCAAAGAAUUACAACGAAGGUUAGAUCAAACACUCGGAAAACCCAGUACAUUAUAUGCUAGUGGAUACCACAAGGACCGAGAAAAACAGACAAUCAGCGCAAGGAUUGUUCGAUGUGAAAACCAGUUGAAUAAAAUGGACCAGAAGCUAGAUCAAGUUUUAUUUAUGGUCAAUUCCAUACUCAAAUCAAAGAAUGUAAAUGAAUCCGCGCAGGAAGACGAAGUUUGAACCAGUUAUAUGUGUUCUUUUGAUCAUGUGACAUGAAGUGACCUAUGAACUUAUGUGCAAUUUGUUACGCAGGUUGUGAUUUUUUAAAUAUUAUACAGUUGACGAAUAUUUUCUUCAUGUUGUAGUUUUUGCACACAAAAUAUGAGUUUGAACAAUCAAAAAAAAAAAGAAAAAAAAAGAAAGAUAAUAUAUUAUAGUUUAAAUAAAAUGAAAUCUCAGGAUGUGUAUGCUGUUUGAUCCUACUAUGUUUAAAGAAAUGCAAAAUAUAAUGCAUGUAUUUUAUGAAUGGCGCUGUUGAGAUUCUAUAAAAUGUAUUAAAGAGAUUUCAAGAUUGAUAUGUGCAUCAUAUAUAA